AUGCAGGUCAGCGUCCUGAAGGAGAAGGAGGCAGUUUGUAACCGUCGGUUUGUGUCACCCCACUAUGUGUUCGUGAGUCCUCUUGUACGGCUGCCGUUUGAAAAAGGAAAAGGAUCAGGGGGCAAAAGAGGUGGACCCAACGGGAGGAAGGCAGCCUGGGGUGGCAUGAACACAGAUCCUACCAUGUCCACAAGCCGGCUCACCUCCACGUCGUCUCAAAUGUCUGUGACCUUUGAUAAUGUGUGUGUCAAGUUCACCCAGGAAGAGUGGGCUUUGCUGGAGUCUUCACAACAGAAACUGUACUGGAAUGUGAUGGUAGAAACCUUCAGGAACCUGGCCUAUGUUGUCUUCAUCAGCCAUCCAUUCCUGAGUCUGUCCUUCAGAACUCAGAGUGAACCUAACCCACAUGAGUAUCAGGAAUAUGGAGAAAAGCCAUUUAAAUGGAAAGAUUCUAGGAAAGCCUUUCCUGCUUCCAGAUUCCUUAAAUGGCAUGAAAGAAGUCACACUGGAGAGCCACCCUUUGCAUAUAAGCAGUGUGGAAAAGACUGCUUUCAUUUGAGUGGCCUUUGCAAACAUGAACUGACUCCCAGUGGAGAAAAACCCUAUGUUUGUAAACAAUGUUGGAAACCCAUCUUAUAUUUGUGUGCUGUUGAAAAACAUGAAAGAACUUCCAGUACAGAGAAACCCUAUGUGUGCAAGCAAUGUGGAAAAGCCUUUAGCUCUUCCAGUUACCUGAAAACACAUGAAGAAUUUCACACUGGAAUGAAGACCUUUGCAUGUAAGCAAUAUGGAAAAGACUUUAGGACAUACAAUUCCCUGAAAAGACAUGAACGAAUUCACACUGGCGUAAAAUGUUAUGCAUGUAAAGAAUGUGGGAAAGCCUUCUAUUGGCCCUGUGACCUUCAAAACGUAAAAACUCACAGUGGUGAGAAACCCUAUGUAUAUAAGCAGUGUGGAAAAGCUUUUAGUUUUUCCAGUUCCCUCAAAACACACAAAAGAACUCACACUGGAGAGAAGCCCUUUGCAUGUAGGCAAUGUAGAAAAGAUUUUAGGGCAAACAAUUCCCUCAAAACACAUGAACGAAUUCACACUGGCAUAAAACGUUAUGCAUGUAAAGAAUGUGGGAAAGCCUUCUAUCCUUCCUGUGACCUUCGAAAUCAUGUAAAAAUUCACAGUGGUGAGAAACCCUAUGCAUGUAAACAAUGUGGAAAAGCUUUUAGUUCUUCCAGUUCCCUCAAAAGACAUGAAAGAACUCACACUGGAGAGAAGCCCUUUGCAUGUAAGCAAUGUGGAAAAGACUUUAGGACAUACUGUUCCCUCAGAACACAUACACGAAUUCACACUGGUACAAAACCUUAUGCAUGUAAAGAAUGUCGGAAAGCCUUCUAUCGUUCUUCCAGUUACCUGAAAACGCAUGCAUGAAUUCACAGUGGAGAGAAGCCUUAUGAAUGUAAACAAUGUAGGAGAGCCUUCUAUUCAUCCAUCAACCUUAAAAGACAUACACAAACUCACACUGGAGAGACACAUUACGUAUGUAAGCAAUGUGGAAAAGCCUUCUUUGACUCAAGUUCAAAGCAUGAACAUAUUCAUAGGCAGAAGUCGUAUGUAUGUAAGCAAUGUGGGAAAACCUUCAUUUCUUUCAUUGACAUUCAAGCAUAUAAAUGA